CGCGCCGCGACGCACCAGAGGAACCGCAGGAGAUGGCGAAGAAGUCUUUAUCCAGAAAGUCCCUGAAAAGUCUCUUCUCUCGCAGCGAGGCCAACUUGAAUCAGUCCGGGGUGAAGGAGGAUCCGAGCUCAGGCGACGGCGAGAAAAAGAAGUUCAAGCUCUUCGGGUUCAAGAACAAGUGGAAGAGCGAGAAGGCGGUGCACGAACAGCCAGAGACGCGCAGUACUGCAGAGUCCAACAACAAAGCACAGGAGGGAGGGGCCUGGGCAGAUGGCAGCCUCUCAGACAAGAAGACCUCCAUCUAUGCCACAACCUCCAGGUCAAAGGGUAAAGAGUUCAGUUACUCAGAGUUGGACUUGCGUAAACCCAAGAGGUUCGCCACCUUCUCCUUUGGGUUCAAGAAGAAGAAAAAGAGAGACUAUGACGAGAACAUCUCCAAAAGCACCUUUGGUCUCAGCACUGCCAUCAACGAUGACCACGAGGAGACCACCAUGGACUUCAGCGACGUGGACCAGGAUGAAGAAAACUCAAAGACCACCUUCAGCAUGUCUCAGCCAGAACUGGACAUGGUCCAGGACUUUGACGUCCCUUCUCCUCCACCUUCGGCCUCCGACCAGACAUGUUCUUACUUUGCCGUCCCGGACAAGUCCGAGCCAAACCUCAUCCCUGACACAGACACAGAACCACAGCAGCCUCUCGGCGACUACGACCCCUUCGACGUGGACCAGGAGGUCCCCACAGCUCCCAUGGCUUCCAUUCCUGAGCUGCUCCUGGAUAAUGACGACAAAGUGGACGCUCCCCUUGAAGAGAAGUCGUCCAAAGGUGAUGACGGUAUCAGCCCUGUGUUUAGUCAGAUAGAAAGUAGUAGUGUUGCUGAUAAGGAGGGCGCGCCUCCUCUGGUCAGAGAUUCCAUGGUUCACAGAGCAGCAGAAGCAGCAACUGCUGAUUCAGUUGUUCCAGAUCAUGUGUCUGGUGAUAAGGGUUUUCUGCAGGAUUCUCGUAUCCUCUCUGCAGAAACCACUAAUAAAACAUUUUCUACUCAUCAGUCUGAGGUUUUUGACUCCAGAACUGAUGCAGAGAAAUGUGCCACAAACGUCACCGCAGCCUCGCCUGUAAGAAGCCUCUACAGCGAGAAAGUCACGUACGAAGCUCUGUACGAGUCUCUCUUCCCUCAGAGUUUCACCUCAGAGGUCAUGUCGUCGCUCUCGACCCCUCCACCUCUGGUCCCCACGGAGACCAGACACCAGGAGAACCCCAAACCUGAACCUGUCCUGAUCAAAACUUAUGAUGAAAUCUACACAGAAACAAACGUGGUGCACUCUGCGCCCGUGGACGAUGACGAGAGUGAUUUUUCCACGGCUCAGAGCUCCACUGCUUCUGAAGAGAAGCUCUCCUACUCUGAUCUGAACUUCUCCCAUUCAGAGACACCAUUAGAGACUUCGGGCCUCUUCCCUGACAAAGACAGGUCAGUUCUUGUGGCAGAAAACCCCGCCCCCGUCCCCACUGUGUCUGACUGCGUGACAUCCCACGGGACGGAUACUCAGGUUACUGACUCUAAACACAGAGUCGUCCUGGUCAGAGAGUUUGUCGCUGCUGCCGAAGAAGACACCAUGCUGCCUGACUCUGUGGUUAGGAGCGAAGUGAGCGAAAUGUCCAGGAGUCUGCAGGUGGAAAUCGAAUCGCCAGAGACUUUCUACCUGUCCUACGGCUCGGGUUACGUGGAGGAGGCCGAGGGAGCGUUGAGCCCCCCGUAUCUGAGCAUGGGGUCUGACGACAGCAGCGUCACGGAGGUGUACUUCAGCGCCGAGGAGGACAACGAAGAGGAAACGUUCACCGUGGACGACAGAGAGGAGAAGGGAGAGUAUUCUGUUUUGGACGAGUGGAGUGAGACGAAGAGGGACGGGGGAGACGUGAAGGUGGUGAUUGUGAGGGUGCGUGACCAGGUGGAGGACGGAGGUGCAAAGUUGGAGAGUGUGGAGUAUCCUCUGAGGAGUGAUGUGGUGAAGUGGCCGGAGAUUCAGGUUGGACACAGAGAGUUGACUGAGAUUAUAGAAGAGGAGGAGGAGGAGGAGGAGGAGGAGGAGUUUCUGGCAGGACAGGUUGGGCAGGUGAGCACGCUUGUGGUAUGCAAGGAUACUCCACCCUCCCGGGAGCCACAUGUGGAGGAGAGGAAGAAUAAGGAGGAGUGGUCGCAGGGAGAGUGGACUAUAAACGUGUCGGAAUCUCAGGAACAUCGUGGUCUGUGUCCCAGCCUGGAAUCACAGCAUUUUCCCAACGUUUGUGACAAUGUUCCUCUGGAAGCACCGCCUCUGACGAACACCAUCACUGUCUUAUCCCAAGAUUCACACGUGCACACACCUCCAGCUGUAGAUGAGGGACAGGAAAUGAGCCCGGAACGAGUCAAAUCCGACCGCGACGUUGUCACAGAGAUGCAAUCAGAUGCCGCACAGGCAACCGGAGACAAUAGGAACCUGCAGAGUAGUGAGUGGGUGGAUACGAUUGCUGGGAGCGCACAGGAAAGGAGGACGCAGCAGGAACAGGUGGCAGUUGAGCUGUCAAGCCUGACGGAGGACGCACACGCAGACACUGACACCGAGGUCCGGCCAGGCCUGGAGCAGAGGAGCCUCGCAGCUUCCGACGAUCUGCAGACAAACUCUGUGGACACGAUGAAUUCAGGCUACAGCAGCCUGAGCACCAAGCUGACCAUAAAGCCCUCGUCCCCUCCUAAAGUCGACGAGUCCAGACUGCGCUUCCAUAAGGUCUCCCUGGUCUCAGGCAGGUCGCCGGACUCUGUGGACUCCAGCGGUAAAAGCUCCAGUGUGUCCAAUGGAACAGACCCUGGAUCAGAGUACAGGUGGAAGAAUAGAUUUGAGGGAGUCUCUCAGUACAGGUGGGACCAGCAGGAGGACUCUUCAGACUCAGUGUCUCAGGAAACACCUGACGCCUCCUCCUCUGUCCUCCCUGAGGCCACGGCCUUCAAACAUCUAAGCAAUGCGCUCUCUGUCUCCUCCUCCUCCUCCUCCUCACAUCCUUCAUUAGAUGAUCAUUCUGGCUUCAGCAGCCGCCUGAGUGACAGCAGCAGAGUUGAUCUGAGCCGUGAGAGCGAGGCAGCGGGAGAGACCCACACGGAGUGGAGGAGGAGCGUGACAAGGGAGGAGGAGUCUGCUGCACCUGCAGGAGAGAGAGAAGCAGCACAGAGGGAGGAGGAGGAGGAGGAGAGGAUAAAGUCACGCUGGGACGCUCUGCAGCUACCAGAGUCAGGUGUCUCCUCCAGAGACGAGGACGACGAGUCCUCAAGAUUCACCGGACUAUUCAAGGCCACGCUGGUGGACACGGUCUGUGAACCUGCAGGACCGCCGUCCACUCCCCCCGCCUCCCCGGACACCGACUCCCCUAACCAGUUUGAUAUGGACUUUCUGAUGGAUACCCUGAAAAACAUGGGACCAUCUUUCAGACCCAGGUGCGUGGGUCCAAGGGCAGCGGCUCCAGUCCUGGUUUCCUCUCUGCCCCCCAUCGUGGAGGACGCUCAGAGUCCCAUCACCCCGGGUCUACCCGCUGCUGUCAGCAGUCCAACGAAAAGUCUGGAUACAACCGACUCUCUGAACGGAAUUUACUCUCUCCCUGCUGACCUGGGACUGAAGAGGACGUUCCCCAGAGACACCCGCUCCCCGCUGGAACUGAUGAAGCAAAACCAGCAGGACCAAAGCCGAGGAUCUUCCUCCUCCUCCGAGGUGACCAACGGGAACGGAACAGUUUUACCCGCCAACACUGGCUCCCGUCUGGACAACAGCAUCAUCUUCUCCAGCUACAGGUCACCAUCCCUGGAUCUCAGUGGGGAGAACGACAGAACCCAUCGCUCCCUGUUCCGGAGCGGUUCCCUUCCAGAGACCGGGUCUUUGAGCGACCACGUCACUUCAGGGAUGAAGGAUGUCAACGACCUGGGCUCCGGGAAAGACCCGCUAUCUGGGUCUCGAAUCGAGCGCCUCUCCUUCCUCCUGACCUCCUCGUCCUCCCUGACCGGCACUGAAGACCUGGGAGCCCGUAUGAGUCGACCUCCUCCGCCUCUGAGCUUCAGCUCCCCGUCUUCCAGCAACAGUCCCACCAGUCUACUCAGCCCCACUGGAUCCAUAGACCUUCACAGACCUUUCUCCACCACGUCCACGGACUCCGGAAGCUUAUCCAUGUUUGGACAAAGCCCGACCACCGGCAUGGGUGUGGGUGGUGGGACACAUCCCCUCCUGCAGAGGAGCUUCAGUAGUGAAGGUAUCGUGGGUGGGCAGCAGAUGUCCUUGUUCAACAACGUUCACGGAGGAUCUGUGUUCCAGACCAAAGACCCAGAGCCGGAUCGGAAUUUGGCUUCCAAAUACCGAGCCUUCCCCGAUGCAUAUCUCACCAAAGAGAAGGAACACGGAAAGCUGAAUCCUCGCCCUGGAAAGAUUUACAUUUUUGACCGACCAGGACUGUGCGGACAGAGGAUUGAGGCCCGGGGUGAUGUCAUCGAUGCUACGUCCUGGGAGCUGCAGGAGACGAUCUCCAUCAGGGUGGUGCGAGGAGGAUGGGUGCUUUAUGAAAAGCCCAACUUUAGGGGUGAGAAAAUAGCCCUGGACGAAGGAGACACAGAGCUGACAUUCCCCUUCAGUCCACCAGAGGAGCAGCAGCUACAGAACGGACAGAAGGAGGAGGAGAAGGAGGAGGAGCAGACAGAAGAAAGUCAAGCACCAACCAGGAGGUUCAUCAUCGGCUCUCUGAGGAGAGCUGUCAGGGACUACAGCGUUCCAGAGAUCAGUCUGUUCCCAGAGGAGAACGCUGAGGGAAAGAAGGUGGUUUUCAGAGACACAUCUGAAGAUGCCAGGAUUUUUGGCUUCCCCAUUAAAGCCCACUCCAUCAUCAUUAAUGCUGGGCUCUGGCUCGUCUUUGGCCAGCCCUUCUUCCAGGGUAACCCACGUGUCCUGGAGGUUGGAGGUUACUCCACCCCUGCAGCCUGGGGUGUGGACCAGCCCUACGUGGGCUCAGUUCAUCCUCUAAAAAUUGGCGAACCCAAAGUGGAAAAUCUGAGUGAACCAAAUCUGGUGAUUUUUGACAAACCCUACUUCACUGGGAAAUCCAGGACCAUCUGCAGCAACAUGAGGGACUUCAUGACCAGACUGGAUCAGCAGCAGACGGCCUUCAUGUACAGCGUGGGGUCCAUAAAGGUGCAGGGUGGAAUCUGGGUGGGCUACGAGAAGGAGGGGUUCCGAGGUCACCAGUACCUGCUGGAGGAGGGCGAGUACCAGGACUGGAGAGUGUGGGGGGGGCACAAUUCUGAGCUGCGUUCUGUCAGACUCAUCAAGGCGGACCUGAGCGACCCCAUGAUGGUCAUGUGUGAACAUCCAUAAGAAGCGCAGGAGGGCAUCCAGGAGGAGAACACCUUCCAGGUGACCGAGGCGAUCCCUGACGUGGAGCUGUUUGGCUACAAGACGUUGACUCGCUCCAUCCACGUACUGAGCGGAGCGUGGGUGGCCUACUCUCACGUGGACUUCUCUGGAGAUCAGUUCAUCUUGGAGAAAGGUUUCUACAACAACUGUGCCGACUGGGGCUCCCAGGACCCUCGCGUCUGCUCAGUGCAGCCAAUUCUUCU